AUGAAGUUACGGUUACAGGGUCAAUUGAUACUGGCCAUCAUUUUCCAUGCAUUAGUACGGGGCUCAUCUGCCACCGUGUCAUUCCCCUCGAUCCAAGCCAUCGUCGGCUUCUCGUCCUCAUGCACGCUUGCGUACAACACCCCAGUCAACGACUGCGAUAUCAACGAUUUUCAAGGCAUCGGAGGAACAGGCACUUGCUCGAGUGGCUGUGAGUCAAGUCUUGAGGCAUCACAGAAAUUUGUGCAACGGUUUUGCGCAGGGGAACAAGCGGAUGGAAGCUCCUUGAUCGGACAACUCUUCGUCGGGAAUGUUGUUAACUUCCUGUGUGCGGACAAUGGCAGUGGUGGCGCAACAACGGCGACGACACCGCAAGGCACGACCGAGGCGACGCAGACUUCUACAUCAACAUCUUUGGACACAUCAAUGAGCAUGGCAACUGACACCUCUCCACCAGCAACGAGCACCACCGGGACAUCCUCACAAGCAUCUACAAUCACAACUUCUUUGAGCAAGACCGGAUCUGCGAGCAAGACCACAAGUACUAGCAGUUCUGACAGCACCAAAAAGUCGACCUCGACGACAACUUCAACACUAACCUCGAUUGAAACCGCAACUUCAACCCUCACAUCCACGUCGUCUUCAACCAAGGGUUCGAGCACUUCAUCAACUGUUUCGUCAAGCAAGACGUCAAACUCGCCAGAGUCAGGGGGAGACAGUGGCGGCGGCAGUCCUUUCGAUGGGCAGUUCUCUUCAGCUGCUUCGUCGAAGACGCUGCAAUUGCACAGUGCGAUAUUGGUCUUUGCUGGUUCGGCUCUGCUUCUCUUGGCAGUGUAG